CUUUCUUGCUCUUUUUCCGCUACUACUUUGCGCAUAAGUUUUUGUUUUCUACGAAAAAUUUGGAAACACCCUAAUUCACCCCCCCCCUCUUAGGGUGUAAACCGACUUUCAAUUGGUAUCGGAGCAGGAAGUUUGAUCCUUUCACACUCAUCUUCUAUUUCAUUUUACGACACAUGCAUUACCAAGCCAACAUUCUUCAAUGGGGAUAACUAUGGCUAUUGGAAAAUGCGAAUGGAGAAUUUCAUUCAAUCUAUUGACUAUGAUUUAUGGAUAGUCACUACUCAUGGUCCGUUUGUUCCUAUGACAACUGUAGGUGAACACCAAGUUCCUACUUCAAUGGACAAACUCACCACCGAAGACAAGAAAAAACUCUCCUUGAAUGCCAAAGCACUAAACGUGUUGUUUUGUGCCUUGGGUCAAGAUGAGUUUGCUAGGGUGAGUUCUUGCAAAUCCGCAAAGGAAGCAUGGAAGCUCUUAGAAGCCACCCACGAAGGAGAUAAAGACACAAAAGCUACCAAGAUAGCUUUAGGAACAUCCGAGUAUGAAAACUUCAAGAUGAAGGCCGGAGAAUCUGUUCAAGGUAUGAACAAACGAUUCAACCUCAUUGUCAAAAAUUUGAGUAAGCUAAAUAAAGUUUAUCCUACUAGUGAGAUUAACACCAAGAUUAUAUUCUCUCUUCCUAGAGAGUGGCAUAGUCUUGUUGUAAAUUUGUUGCCCAAAUGUGCGGAUGUUGAAACCUCUACCAUUUGGAGCAGCCUAUACUCUCACGAGCUUCUUUUGAAGAAAAUGAAGGAAGAAGAACAGGUUCUUAUCAUCAAGAAGACCAUGGCACUCAAUAUUGAUGACCAUCCGGAAAGCGAAGGAGAAAGUGAUGAGGAGCUUGCCAUGUUCAAGAGAUACAAGAAGUUUAUGAAAUGGAACAAGGGCGAAUCUUCAAAAACAUUUCCAUCAAAGAAAGAACGGAAUAAUCGGCUAUCAGGUCACGCUGAACUCCUCAGUUGAUCCAGCAUAGUGUGGUAAUCGAUUAUCAGACCCUGCAGAUUCUUGAGUCAGAGCUGGUUCACUUGACAAUCGAUUGUCAUAGGGUGACAAUCGACUAUCACAGUCUGCAGGACUUUGGGGACAGAAGCUGCACAGCAUGAUAAUCGAUUAUCAGCUAGUUUUGAACCCAGGGCCAUCAUGUUGAACAAAUCAUAAUCAAGCACAUGUGUAGGAAUUGAAUUUAACUAUUUUUCUUUAAUCAAUGCAAUCAUUCCAUCAUGUUCGUUUCUAGACGGAUGUUCUAGGUUUCCAUCUUAUGCAUACCGCUGUAGGGAGGACUUCAAGCGCCUACUACAGUGGGCCCGUCCAGGAACCUUUGGGGACCAGCGGGUUUUCAUCAUGUUGGGCUUGUGUACGUACAUAGUAGUCAGGUUACGGCUACUACCCGGUUCCGCUAGUCCACUCGUGAUGUUUUUGUCGUGCCCGGCUCGUUACCGUUCGGGAACGAUGACCGGAGUGCAGGGGUGAUCC